AUGGCCACCAAAUACGACUCUGUGGAGUGCAAGUCAUGUGCUAGAGUCCUCGCUGUGGUAUCCGCCACUGGGCUUGUGCCCACGACCUCGCCGGAUGCCUCCCAUGCAGGAUGCAGCACAUGUCAGCGAUUCGACUCUCUGUAUGACGCGAUAAGAGCAGCCGAUACAGAAUGGGCUGUACUCGAAAACAAGCGCGACUCAAUCAGUAAAUCUUUCGCGCGGGAUAACCACAAGAGGGCUCAUAUGGAGUUCGACAACUGGUUGAUGACUGUCGAAGCACCUGGACCAGCAAGAGACGCGCAGAAUGAACAUCCCGAGGACAGGGACCUUGGAGGAGGGGACUUUGUCAACGACAAACAAGAUAUAGAUGGUCCCAAGCGUCGAAGAUCACACUCGCCUACUACCCAGCGGUCAGGAGAAUCAUCCGAUAUAGCACCACUUGGACAGCAAGGCAUAUCGCUGUCUCCCAGGCCAUCGCCUAAACGAUCGCACAGCUCAUCAGCUUCGAUAUCACGCAAGCGCCUCAAAUUUUCCGAUUCAGUCGAAUUCCAUGACAGUUACAGGACCAGUGAGCAAUAUCACCGACCGAGCGAAACGUACGCGCGAGGGAGAAAUGCGCCGCCUGAGGGAUCCGAGUACAUGGACACUAGUGGAUCGGGUCUGACCUUCCUGAAGUUCACCGGUAUGAAGAAAGUUGGCGCCAAAUGGGUUGAGCUGAGCGAGGAAGAGCUUGCAAAGCAGAGCGAAAAAGCAAAGACUUGGGCGCAGCUGCGGAAACUCGCAACUGCAGGGAAACCGAAAGCUGAUACACCGGAGGCCGAUGCGGAAGUAGAGGUGAGGCAGGAUGACGAUGCUCCUCAAGAUGCUCGUGCAGCAAGACUUGCACGAAGAGCUAAGGGAACAAGUGCGGAAUCAGUGCAAGCUCGGGGCACGACGAGCAGACGGGGCCGGGGCACCUUGCGAAAAGGGAAACAACCAUCGCUUGGCGGUGCAGUGGAUGAUGUCCCAGGAACUGCGUGUGACUCUGCCCUCGUCUCGAAUACCACAACAACAACACAUGGAAAUGAUCAUCAUUCGGACGGAAAUCUAGGUCGGGUGGAGAUCAUCGCAUCUGGAGACGACGGUCUGGAGCGAAGACAUGACGCUGUUCCCAGAACAGAAACCACAGCGGCAGCGUGCGCCGAUCAAGCACGAGAGCCAGCCACACCCCACGAGGAGCCCCACAAGGAUAUGCAAGUGACUAGCGAGGCAAUGUGCCAGAGUAUUGCAGCUCAGCCAAACACCAGUAGUGUGGAGUCUCAACCAACAGUCGUAUCUGAAUACGACCAAUCGCAACUCGAGCCAAGGGAGAAUGCCUCAUGCACAGAUCAUGAUGCACCGGAAAUUGACAUACCGGAGGCGUCGCCUAGGUCUCGGGUUCUGCGACCAACCUCAGGUAUCCUUGAGGACGCCGGCAUCGCGAGUCCGCGAGAUCUAAACCAUCUCUCAGAUGCUCGCCUCAAUCCUGAGAAAGUUCCAGUGCGUAAGGAGGAUGCUGUGCGCGAAGACCCUGAAUUGUCAACUCAAAACACGCCUACUGUUGCAGAGAAGGCUGUCGCGACAGGAACAUCUCUGCAAGAGCCAUCCGCGGAGCGUGAAGACCUCGUCACGGAGCCGAACACGUCUACAUCAGCUGACAACGAGCUCCAACGGCAGGGUCACUCCAAUGUGGACAUCGCUAGCGUCACGAUACCGCAAGACCCUGAUCGCCCUCCUGCAGCCAGAAUGCCCACAGAAGAAGCGUAG